UACAUUUCCAUUUAAUUAUUCAUGUGAAGUACACCCCAUAGGGAAAAAAUUUCUUCACAUUUACAAUGAAGCUAUCCACUCUAUUCCUAUUCCUAUUCCACCUGGCUCAUGCUGCUCUGUCUGACGAAGCUACUUUCAUUAGAGAUGGCCUCAAAUCCUAUUCCCAGCUUGAUCUCCCUCACUCGGUUUUUGGUUCUGAAAGUGUAGCCUUCGAUUGCCAUGGUAAAGGACCAUAUGUUGGCGUGUCUGAUGGUAGAAUCCUCAAGUGGCACGAGACAAAGAGAGAGUGGAUUGACUUUGCAGUUACCUCGCCACACAGGAACAAGAAAUUAUGUGAUGGGUUAACAAAUGACAAGAUGGAAUCAAUGUGUGGAAGACCCUUGGGCCUCAAAUUCAACACUUUAACUUGUGAACUGUACAUUGCCGAUGCAUACUUUGGGCUUCUGGUGGUAGGACCAGGUGGUGGUGUGGCAAAGCAGUUAGCCACUUCUGCGGAAGGGGUACCAUUUAGGUUCACAAAUGCCUUGGACAUCGACACCAAAACAGGUGAAGUAUAUUUCACAGAUAGCAGCAUCAUGUUCCAAAGAAGGGUAUACAUAUCAAUAAUUCUGAGCGGGGAUAGAACUGGAAGGUUACUAAAAUACGUUCCAAGUACCCAAAGUGUACAUGUUUUGGUCAAAGGUUUAGCAUUCCCUAACGGCGUGGCGCUUAGCAAGGACAAUUCCUUCAUUAUAGUAGCAGAAUCAACCACUUUUAAAAUUCUCAAGAUUCAAGUUAGAGACUCCAAGACCAACAACAACAAUAUAGAACCUUUUGCACAGGUUCCACGCUCCCCAGAUAACAUAAAGAGGAACGCCAAAGGAGAAUUUUGGGUAGCGCUGAACAGUGGCAGGGGAUUGAUUCAGAAAUUGGAAAAUGAAAUCGAAACCACACUUCCUUGGAAUGCAGAUCCUGUGGCAAUUAAAUUUGAUGAAAAGGGGAGGGCCAUUGAGGUAUUAGAUGGAGAAUAUGGACGACAACUGGACUCUGUUAGUGAAGUGGAAGAACAUGAAGGAAGUUUGUGGAUAGGCUCUGCGGUGCAACCAUACAUUGGUCUUAUAAAAGCUUAGUUAGGCCUUUGUGUGUGUGAAAAAAUUAUCAAGUGGUCCUAACCAUUCUUUAUAUGACACAUAAUUAAGUAGUAUUUGUUUUUCUCAUAAGUUAGAAAGAAAACUUAAGGAUGUGUCACAUAAAAAUUAGUAAAGACUAUAAAUAAAUGGUGGUUUAAAACUACCUAAUAACUUCUCGUGUGUUUUGCUUCCAAUUCUAAAUUAUUCAAAUUCCAAAACAAAAUGUAUUUGGAUAAAAUAAUGUUGGAUUAGUUUUCAUUUUA